AUGUUUACGCCACGACCCGGCACAUCAAACACACUGGUUACCGUACCUUCAAACACCGCCCGGGCUGAAGCUCCGGUACUCGUCUGUAUAUCAAUGCCAUCAUUAUCUUCUAUUACCUGUGCAACGGGGUGUUUGUGCGGACCAAAGUACCCGGUGAUCACACCACGCUCUACCGGCCAGGGCAGCCGGCCCCUGUUGGCUUCAAAGGAAUUGGAAAGCGCCUGCGCAUCCGGCGUCAGGAAGAUCUCCCUGGGUGUUGCUUUUGGUUUUACAGGUGCUGUAUUACUGGCGAUGGGCGCAUUACUACCGGUAGCAGGCCUUGUAUUGGGAGAUGUGGAUGGCGUGCUGCCUGUGGCAGGAUUCGUAUUGGUUGGCGUACCGGAUGCACCACGUGUACCGGAGCCCGUGUUUACAGAAACCCCCACUCUUUAUUAUCUUACCAACAUCAUUGUACUUCUCACAGUAAUAAAAGACAUGAGCACACUUAGUCAGAAAGCUGAAAAACUGGUAGCAUCCGAGAUUGUCCGUCUGGGCAAUACGAUUAGCGAGCGGAUUCGUGGCGGAGCCAAAAUUUAUAAUUAUACGAUCGGAGAUGUAGACCCUAAAAUAUUCCCUAUUCCCGAUGCCUAUAAAGCGGCCAUCAUAGAUGCCUAUCAACACAAUUACACCAACUAUCCUUCUGCAGAAGGCAUUGUGGAGCUGAGACAAUCAGUAGCUCAUUUCGUAAAAAAACAUCAGGGACUGGAUUAUGCAUUGAAUGAAAUACAAAUCGCUUCCGGUGGCCGCCCCCUGAUCUAUUCUUUAUUUGCCACCCUGGUAAACGCCGGCGAUAAGAUCAUUUAUGCCGUCCCCAGCUGGAACAACAAUCAUUAUGUGAACAUCAACAUGGGGGAGCAUUGUGUGAUUGAAGCACUCCCUGAAAAUAAUUUUAUGCCUUCAGCGGCAGAUAUAGCACCGCACCUGGAUGGCGCAGUACUGUUAUGUCUCUGUACACCGCAAAACCCUACCGGUACUACCCUUACCCGGGAAGCGCUGGAAGAAAUCUGCGACCUGGUACUGGAAGAAAAUAAAAAGAGAGCCGAAAACGGACAACGUAAGCUAUAUGUGAUGUACGACCAGAUCUACUCCCUGCUUACUUACGGUGCCACCCAACAUCAUAACCCG